UCUCUCUCUGUUGUAUUUCAUCUUUCAUUCUCAGAAGCUUCAAGAACCUUCUGCAAAAAAAGAAGAACUUAUACAAACAUGCAGUUUCUCGAAGAUUCCAGUAGGGGGUUAUCGAUGGUCAUGGACGGGGGCGACCGGGACCUGCCGGUGGAUCCGGCCACUCCGUACGAGCGGCUACGGAAGCUGGCCUCCGGGAACGCAGUCGUGGUUUUCAGCCUCAGCGGCUGCUGUAUGUGCCACGUGAUCAAGCGGCUUCUCAUUGGCCUUGGCGUGGGGCCCACCAUCUACGAGCUGGACGAGGAGAAGGGCGGGAGGGAGAUCCAGGCCGUACUCUACCAGGUGAUGGGCAACGGGCAGCAGUCGAUGCCAGCUGUCUUCGUAGGCGGGAAGCUCGUGGGCGGGCUCGAGAACGUUAUGUCAUCCCACAUUAACGGCACGUUUGUCCCGCUCUUGAAGGAGGCCGGAGCUCUCUGGCUCUGAGAUAACGGAAUAUCCGAUUCGCCUUCCGUUUCGGGUUUCCCUCUGCCCGUUUGAGGUUCGUGCGUUGGGAUGGUUAUAUACAGAAACCGAA